AUGAACACCGCCGAACCCCAAAACACCAACACCUCCCCAACUCCCACACCACAAUUCGACAAGAGAUUCACCUCCUCCGAAAUCUUCUACUUCCACCACAUCAUCGACCCCGAAAACGCAACCCUCAAGUCCCAAGUCCUCGGGCCCAACCUCUCAAACACAUUCUCCCACAGCGAAGCAAGAACACGCCUCACACCCUACCGCAUAGGCGAUGCUCUCCGUCGCAAAACAACAGGCUUCCUCGCGCUCAUCCGCCCCGGCACAAACUCAACCCGCACGAUCCUCGCGUGGGCAGAGAGCGGACACGGACACAACCCCCACGGAGACUCCCUCGAAGCGAAGUCCACCGUUUUGGGAAACAAAGUCUGGACAGCUCGAGUAAUAAAACUAGCCAAGAAGAUGCGAAUAAACAUUGGCCAUCCAUACGACGGCCUAACCCGCGGCGGAAAAGUAGGUCUCUUCCGAGCGAGCCAUGUGGAAGUGAAACUUGCCGUGCACGCAGUCUACGUACUGCUCAAGAUAUUCAAUAUACCUACUAAAAGAGUCACGAAACGGGAGCUGGAGAAACUACGAGAGAAGAAGUGGCCCGAUGGGUCGCGGCCCAAGUUUGAGAUAUACUUUUCCAAAAAGAACUGUCCAGGCUGCGCUAAGUACGUGCGUCUGUUGGAGGAGUUGACCGGGGCGGAAAUCAAGUUAUGCUGGAAAGAUAGGCUAGUGAAGAUUGAGUAUGAGAUGGGCAAGAUGGGCGUGCCGCAGAAUCGAGAGGGAGAGACGGGAGGAGCGAGAGGUGGUGAGGUGGUGGAUCUGACGGAUGAGGCGGAGGAUGUGGUUGAGGUGACGCCCGAGCCGUUGGGGGCGUAUAUAAAUGGUUUGGCGUAUUGUGUUGGACAGAUGGGCUGUGAUGAGGGGAGGGUGAAGGGUGCGAUUGUUGGUUUGGCGAGAAUUGCGAGGAGACAGGCCGUGAGGGUUGAGGGACGAAGAGUUGAGAGGAUGGGAAGACGAGUGAUUGCAAGACCUACGACACCUGUUUCUGAGAAGACGUCCACUUGGUUGGCGACGCCGCCAUCUACAGAUAGGAGGAUACGAGGGAGACAGGCUUCACCUAUGGGGGUUGCAGAAACAAGGGGGCUAGGCAUGAGGGCGAGAUCACCUCGGUGUUAUUCAUUCACUAGUGGUGAUGUGAUGCCAAUGGGCAGAUGA